CCUGCCCUUCAGUUAGGGACCUUUAGCCUACCAAGCGCUAGUGGAAGCCGAGGUGGCAGCGGCGGCAGGACCGGCUGCAGAGGCUGAGGCCGAGGCGGAAGCGCCAUGUCCGAGCCGCCCUCGCGGGGUGCCGAGCGGGACCUUUUCCGGGACACCUGGGUGCGGUACCUAGGCUACGCCAAUGAGGUCGGGGAGGCCUUCCGCUCCCUGGUGCCAGCAGCUGUGGUGUGGCUGAGCUAUGGUGUGGCCAGCUCCUACGUGCUGGCCGAUGCCAUCGACAAGGGCAAGAAGGCGGGAAAGGUCAGUGGACUUCCUCCUGGACUCCAGCCUGCGCAAGCUCUACCCCUCAGUGGAGAAGCCCAGCUCCUCGUGACCCCGCCUUGGUACCUGGCUUGUGGGUUGGCCCAUCCCUGCUCUGUUCCAACUUCCUCCUCCUGCUGGGGGAUGCAGAUGCCUGGCUCCCUGGGGUCUGAGGCCCUGGCACCUGAGUGGAUUGGAGCUGGACAUAACUGAGAGACCAAGGCCUCAAGGAGCAGCAGCCACAGUGCAUCACAGUCAAGGGCGGGACCUGAACCCGUCUGCUUCCACGGGAUCCAUGAUACUGAGUGGGAGUGGACCGGGUGGGCCCGGCUCUGUCUUUUCUCAGGGAAGUAACAUCCUCUAAUGGAGAAGGAGACUGAGGCCCAGACAGGGCAGGGAGCAUGGCCAAGAGCACUUGGCAAGCUGGGGACCCAGGACUCCCAGAGGCUUGGCCGCGUCACCCCAUGGCAGCGCGGCUGGCUGGAGGACCCUGAGGACUGAUUCUCCGGCCAGCCCAUCCCUGGGGCAGGAGCUGCUGGGGCCUCAGUGGAAGGCAGGACAACUCUGGCCCAAUAAAUCCUCGAGAAAUUGA